GAUAGCUGAUAAAUUUAUCAUUGUAGUUGAGUUUCUCAAGCUUGUUGAAGCUUAUUUUUGGUUUUAUUUUUAUUUUUACGUAGGUUUUAUUAUUUUACUAGAUUCAUACAAAUUCGGACGCUUUUUGUGUGAAUUCGAGUUUACUUUUUCCACGUGCUUCUCUAUCUUUUCCGUGAGAAGCGGGUGGGUGUGCACACGUGUGUUGGGCUGAAUUAUCUAUCAAAAUGUUGCAAGCUGCAAGGAUUUCGACCAGGAAAGUGUCUGGUGCCUUCAGUUCACAAAGUCUGAAGUCAUUCAGCAGCUUGACGAAGUUGGGCAACCAGUAUGCUGUAUCCGGCUCUAUCAGAACGCCACAGUAUGACGUCUUCAGACCCAUGUCGGAAGGCCCGGUGCGCGGUGCCGUCAUCGGCAUUGACCUGGGCACCACCAACUCGUGCGUGGCCGUCAUGGAGGGCAAGGCGGCCAGGGUGAUUGAGAACGCCGAGGGCGCGCGCACCACACCCUCAGUGGUGGCCUUCACACCAGACGGCGAGCGCUUGGUGGGCAUGCCGGCCAAACGGCAGGCUGUCACCAACUCGGCCAACACAUUCUACGCCACCAAGCGGCUCAUCGGACGCCGCUUCGACGACCCAGAGGUCAAGAAAGACAUGAACAUGGUCUCGUACAAGAUUGUGAAGGCCAGCAGCGGCGACGCCUGGGUGCAGAGCACCGACGGCAAGAUGUACAGUCCCAGCCAGGUUGGCGCGUUCGUGCUGACCAAGAUGAAGGAGACGGCCGAGGCGUACCUGGGCCAGCCGGCCAAGAACGCCGUGGUCACCGUUCCGGCCUACUUCAACGACUCGCAGCGCCAGGCCACCAAGGACGCCGGACAGAUCGCCGGCCUGAACGUGCUGCGCGUCAUCAACGAGCCCACGGCCGCCGCGCUGGCCUAUGGCAUGGACAAGACGCAGGACAAAAUCAUCGCCGUGUACGACCUGGGCGGCGGCACGUUCGACAUCUCGGUGCUGGAGAUCCAGAAGGGCGUGUUCGAGGUCAAGUCCACCAACGGCGACACGUUCCUGGGCGGCGAGGAUUUCGACAACGCCCUGCUCAACCACCUGGUGGCCGAGUUCAAGCGCGACCAGGGCAUCGACCUCACCAAGGACCAGAUGGCCAUCCAGCGGGUGCGCGAGGCGGCCGAGAAGGCCAAAAUCGAGCUCUCGUCGUCCUCGCAGACCGACAUUAACCUGCCCUACCUGACCAUGGACGCGUCCGGCCCCAAACACCUCAACAUUAAGCUCAGCCGCGCCAAACUGGAGAGUAUCGUGGGCGACCUGAUCAAGCGCACGGUGGCGCCGUGCACCAAGGCCAUGAAGGACGCCGAGGUGACCAAGGCAGACAUCGGCGAGGUGCUGCUGGUCGGCGGAAUGACCCGCAUGCCCAAGGUCCAGAGCACGGUCCAGGAGGUGUUUGGCCGCACGCCCAGCAAGGCGGUGAACCCGGAUGAGGCGGUGGCGAUGGGCGCCGCGAUCCAGGGCGGCGUGCUGGCCGGAGACGUGACGGACGUGCUGCUGCUGGACGUGACGCCCCUCUCCAUGGGCAUCGAGACGCUGGGCGGCGUGUUCACCAAACUCAUCACCAGAAACACCACCAUACCCACCAAAAAGUCUCAGGUGUUCUCGACGGCGGCCGACGGCCAGACCCAGGUGGAGAUAAAGGUGUUCCAGGGCGAGCGAGAGAUGGCCGCCGACAACAAGCUGCUGGGACAGUUCCAGCUGGUGGGCAUCCCGCCGGCGCCGCGCGGCGUGCCCCAGGUCGAGGUCUCCUUCGACAUCGACGCCAACGGCAUCGUGCACGUCAGCGCGCGCGACAAGGGCACCGGCAAGGAACAGCAGAUUGUGAUCCAGUCGUCUGGUGGCCUGAGCAAGGACGAGAUCGAGAACAUGGUCAAGAACGCCGAGAUGCACGCCGAACAGGAUAAGGCGCGCAAGGAGCGCGUGGAGGCCGUCAACCAGGCCGAGGGCAUUCUGCACGACACCGAGAGCAAGAUGGACGAGUUCAAGGAGCAGCUGCCGGCCGAGGAGGUGUCGAAGCUGCGCGAGCGUCUGACGGCCGUCAAGAAGGCGCUGGAGAACAAGGACGAGAUGUCGGCCGAGGAUAUCAAGAAGGAGGUCACCGACCUCCAGCAGCAGUCUCUCAAACUCUUCGAGAUGGCCUACAAGAAGAUGGCGGCCGACCGGGAGAGCAGCGGCGGCGCGGCCGGCAGCUCUGCAGACUCGGCCGACGGCGGCGCCGCCUCCUCCGACGGCUCCAAGAAGGAGGACAAGAACUGAACGCCCGCUGCCGUGCGCCCGUCAUAGUGCUGUACUGUGUCAUCAUGUUUGCUCAUCGCUCCGGCGGCGGCGGCCGUCGCCCGGGCGCCGCCGCCCUCAUCGCGCGGCCGGCCGCGCCGCCGCCGCGACCGCUCGCUGGCCAUCAUCUCCGGGCCCUCUGCUCCCCGCGCGGCGCCGGCCGGCCCCGCACCAACGCACCAAUAGUGAUAUCGCCAUAUGUGUAUAUUAUAUUGUCAUAUAAAUAUGCCAUUUAAA